AUGGAGAAUGAGAGCCGUAUGAAGCUUGCUGCGUGGUACGAAACCAUACAUCCGCGCAGAAUCGACAUAGUUGGUGAUUUCGGUGGGAAACAGCUGUUCUUCAUCGACGGCGAUUCCUUAUUGCUCCAUAGUGUCACCACUUUGGGCGUUGAUUACGACAUUGGAUUUCAGCUUCUGCACGCAAUAUUUGCAGUAGAGUCAUUUCUCAAGAAUCUGCAAGUUCGAGGCUGCAGAUUUCACAUCGUGUUCUUUGAUAACCAAGUGAGGCUGUGUACACCUUCGGCAACACCGCAAUGCAUGUCAUACAAAUUUGAAAUGACAAGAACUAUUCUAGUUCGGCAUCUCCAACUGUCUGCCAACAGGACUUUUUGGAAUGAGGAUACCGGAUUAGUGUACUUGUUCCCCUCGAUCGAUAGCGAGCAGUUUCAUCAGCACCUAGCUCAAUACCCGGCGUCAUUCUUAAUGUGCCACGAUGGCCAGACUGCCUCGGGACGUUCGACGCAGAAUUCAGCAGUGUCUCAGUACAUGAUUCACCAAUUUCUUCAAAUGAGGCAUAGUGUAGCCUUAAUUCAUGGCACCGAGUUCAGAAGCUCCAGGGUCAUUGUGCCUAUGAUAACGGCAGCUCCUCGGAUACGAUCUUUAACAAUAUCUCCAAGACUACUUCCAAUUUCUGGCUCACGGGAGCUAGAGGAGCUAUCGAAACCUAGCUAUGCUCUAUACCAAGGGAGAAGCUAUAGAGAAUUGUUGACUGUUGUCGCACUACAUAGGGUUUUACAAUCUGAGCGAGACGAAAAUCACAGGGUCAUGGCAACAGCUAUGAUUCUACACAGCGUAGUAAUCAGCUGCACACGCUUAGCAGAGCGAGCAUCAACAUCAAGAAGGCAGGCGCAACAAUGUGUUAGCGAGUUUCUAAGUAACUUCUGUCAGCAAGCAACCAAAAUCCUGGAAUCGGAAUUAGGAGACUCGCUAGCUAGUGAUCUAUAUUGGGAUCUUUUUGACCUGGUCGACGGAACACUCUUCUUGUCGUUGCACACAGCCCUUUCAACGGGCCAGCAUGUUCCUGCCACAUUAAUUUCCAAGGCAAAGCCACUGAUCACUUGUGUUGAGCAGUGGGCCAGUAUCUCCCUACUCGGCAACAAGUACGUGCAAACUUUGACAGGAUCGGAGGUGGAGAGCCCAGUUACCCAGACGACUUCCAUUUAUGAUCCGUCAAAAGCAACAAUUCUUCCAUUCAGCCAUGGCGUCUUGAACAAAUUUCUUGCAUCUGUACAUCUUCAGACGACCGAUGUACAUGAAGAAACGAGUGAGAGCAAAGUUUUUCGAGAGCUUACACACUGGCAUAACGCAAAAAAGGGCCUUGAAGCCAAAGGAGCACAGAAGAAACCAGGCUUCUAUGCUAGGAAGAGAAAUCAAGAAUUCAUGGCUGAUACGUUGGCAUACUCUGCUAGCCUAGUCAACGCGUCGGGGAAGUUGAUCGAACCUAAAACUAUUAUAGUAGACGUCUCAGCACCUUCGAAAAAAGCUCCAACUAACCGGACGGCUGUGGACGCAUCGAAGGGGAAGAAAAAGAUAGGAAGCGCUACAGGCAAGAAUAAUGCUCGCGAGACUGCACUGCUUAUUCAAUCUCGAAAGCUGAAGGAAAGAAGCAGUGACACAUUCCGUCACUGGCAUACAGUAGCCCGUGAUUUCAGCCAAGAGAAGGCUUUGAUCGGACGCUUUCAGAAAGCCAACAAGUACUUCUUGAGUCUAACAAAGGAAGACAGGUUAGCAAUUGGCGCUGAAGUGUCAUUAUACCUAUGUGACACGCUUUAUCGUGCUUGGGAAGAGCGGGUGGUCGCAACGAGUAGUCAACCAGCAUUAAGCAUAGGGUCGUUGUUGUUCAACCAGAUCAUAGAAACCUCAAAGUUGCCUGGCUCAACCCAGGAGAUUUCAGCAGCCUUGCAACUCCUAAGCUCAGCUAUAGGAAUUUCGAGCCAAGUGUUGACUAAUCAACCCUUACUCUCGCGCCAUUUAGGGUUUCAGCCACGGAUUUUAGAAUCCAGCCACCCUACGUUACCAACUCUGGGUUCUUAUGAGUUCCAGCUCGGACAUUGUGGCCCUUUCCUAGAACGGAGUUUCGACUCACGCAAAGACGACCGCGUGCCGUUUGAGCCAGAUGCGUGGCAAGUUUCAGUGCUCGACAGUAUCGAUGCUAAUGAUGGCCUCUUCAUCGUGGCUCCUACUUCUUCCGGCAAGACGUUUAUCUCCUUUUACGCUAUGGAAAAAAUCCUUCGAGCAGAUAACGAUGGCGUUCUAGUUUAUGUUGCUCCCACAAAGGCUCUUGUCAACCAAAUUGCUGCUGAGAUCCAGGCUCGAUUCAAGAAGUCUUACCAUCAUAAAGGAAGGUCAGUUUGGGCUAUACACACGCGCGAUUACCGAGUAAACAACCCGACAGGCUGCCAGAUAUUAGUUACAGUCCCCCAUGUUCUGCAAAUCAUGCUGCUUUCCCCUACAAAUGCCAAUUCUUGGUCAAAGCGAGUUAAGCGCAUUAUUUUCGACGAGGUCCAUUGUAUCGGACAGGCUGAUGAUGGUAUUGUAUGGGAACAGCUGUUGCUCAUGGCGCCUUGUCCGAUAAUUGCUCUUUCUGCAACUGUUGGAAAUCCCGAGGAAUUCUGUGACUGGCUUAGGGUAUCCCAAACCUCUAAAGGCUUCAAUUUCAAGAUGAUAACCCACGGCAGUCGGUACUCCGAUCUUCGAGCUUUUCACUACGCUCCUUCUGAAAGGGUUGAGUUCGGAGGGUUGCACCGUCGCGAGCAUCUUCCAGUCCCAGGAUUGGAUGGAUCAAAUCGAGCGAGUUCUAACUUCGAAUACAUUCACCCAAUUGCCACGUUGGGCAACAGAACAGGAGUCGAUCUUGAAGAACUUAGUCUUGAACCACGAGAUGCACUCAGCCUGUGGACAUCAAUGGACAAGUUCCAGACUAACAGGUUUCCACUAGACGAAUCGCUACACCCGUCCCGAAUCUGUUCUAGUAUACCUAAGAAAUCCGACGUGCUUGCGUGGACAAAAAGACUCAAGAGUGUUCUCGCUGUUUGGAUGCAGGACGAGUCUUCGCCUUUUGACCAGAUUUGCCGAGACCUAGAGCCCGGCAGCCCUAACACACAGGUGAUCCAACAAACAUAUACUACCCCUACCCAGUCAUCUCUGAAGAUCGAACGGCUGAGAACCUUUGCACUGUUAAUUGACCUACACAAGGGAGAUGGUCUACCUGCAAUCUUGUUCAACUAUGACCGCGUGGAAUGCGAACGCGUACUUGAGCUCAUACUGGAACAGCUUCAGUCUAAAGAAGAAGAAUGGAAGACAUCAGACAGAGGCUGGCAGAAAAAAAUCAGAGACUUUAACGUAUGGAGGGCGUCGGGGGAGGGGAAAAGGCCUCCAAAGAAAAGCACCGAAAAGCUAACCAAGCAGGAGAGGAUGCGGGAAGAUGCCAGUGCUGAGGUGAGCCAAUGGGAAAGUUUCGAUCCAGAAAAGCCACUGGAACAGUUUAGCUUCGCAGACAAUUCUCGGCUUACACCAUCAGAGCUUCAGGGGUUUAUCGACUCGUUGAAGGACGAAAUUGUCAAGCCACAUUUAUUUUCGGCCUUGGAGCGUGGAAUUGCCGUUCAUCACGCCGGCAUGAAUAGGAAAUAUCGACAGGUUGUUGAGAUAUUGUUUCGCAAGGGGUACCUAACUGCUGUGAUCGCGACAGGCACCCUCGCUCUUGGUAUAAACAUGCCCUGCAAAACCGUUGCGUUCAUUGGAGAAUCCCUCUUCUUGACUACUUUGAAUUAUAGACAAGGAGCUGGGCGAGCGGGACGCAGAGGAUUCGACCUACUUGGUAAUGUCGUAUUCACCAAUAUUAGUCGCACACGGGCCCACGAGCUCAUGGCUUCUCGGCUGCCUGACCUUAAAGGCCACUUUCCUUUGACCACGACUUUGAUUCUCCGGCUGCUAGGCCUCGUUGAUGCUGCAGGGGAAUCUACUUUCGUGUUGGGUAUUGUCGAGUCUCUUUUGACACAGAAUAGGUUGUACCUAGGUGGUGAAGAAGCGGGCAAGUGUAUUCAACAUCACUUGAGGUUUUCCGUUGAGUAUCUUCAGAGACAGCACCUCCUAUCGGCCAAUGGUAAACCAAUAAACUUUGCGGGACUUGUGGGACAUCUGUACUUCACAGAGAAUGCUGUCUUCGCCUUUCACUCACUCUUGAAAAGCGGAUAUUUCCACCGUCUCUGUUCGAAUAUUCGCAGAGAUGCAAGCGGUACCCUGAGAAAAAUGUGUUUAGUUCUUGCACAUCUUUUCAACCGUAUCCGAGUCCAUAACCUAGGUACUGACUCGGCCUCAUUUACGCUUCCGCGUCUUCCCAAAGAAGCUGAGGAUCUCCUGAUACUUCACAACAACGAGACAUUGGAGAUCUUUAAGGCCUACGCAGGGACUUAUAUCAACCAAUACCUGCACAACGUCCCCGACAGACAUUUGCCUUUCAGUGGAAUUGCGGUCGGGGGUGAGGAGCCGCGCAUGUUGCAACUUGCAGGUGAUUUACCAGCUACCAAGCUGCGAUCACCUUUCUCGGCCCUAUCGGGGUUCUCAGAUGAGUUCAAGAGCAUUCGCGACCUGUGUUCCAACAUCCGAAGUGGUGUAUUUCUCGAAGAAUCAGCAGUGCCGUACAUCCCAAUCUGGCCCCACGACGUGUCUACCGCAUUCAAUUCAUAUAUCUAUGAUUUCUUCAAGGAUGGGGACUACGACGCUCUCACACGAGACAACAGGAUCAAGCAAGGAGACGUGUGGUUCCUCCUUCGAGACUUCUCCCUCGUGUUAGCCACAAUUGUCACCAGUCUGACGAAUUUCGUUCGGGCAGAGAAUAUUGUCGACGAUGACCUUGUCGGAUUCGAUGAUUAUGAUGAAGAAGUGAAUGACAAAGACACCAUCCCCAAAAUGGUAGAAACUACGAACCAUGUGAAGCAUGAUACUUCGCUCAGUAAAAUAACCAAAGCGAAGGUAGUCGAGUCAUGGGAGGAUGAAGACGACGAUGACGAUAAUUAUUCCGGCACGGAAGAUCGUGCGGUUCAUGAAAAGCCCAACAAGCUGACCGCCACGCCCCUCGAGCCUCCGAUUUGGGAAGGGGAAGGUAGAGGCCUGGCGGAUGUCUUAGAGGCAUUUACCUUACUAAAGCAAGACUUUGAUGAAAAGUUUCACAAGGUUUGGGCUUAA